AUGUGUAAUACAUGAAAAUAUAAAUCAAAUUUAAUAUAUGAUCAUGUUAUUGAAUAUUUUUGUUAGUUAAUUUUAAAUUAAAAAUGAAAUGACGUUAAAUUUUAUUCUAAAUUAUACUCGCAAGUGAAUAAAUAAAUUUAUUUGUGCCUUUCAAACCAAGAAUUACUGCUAUCCAACUUACAACAAACUCUAAUAUGAAAAUAUUCAUUGCAAAUAUCCUCAUCGUAUUAUUGGUCGUUUUACAAAAAAGUGGAAACGUACUGACAACAUCUGAUAUUUCUAUUACAGACUCCGACAAUCAAUCAGAAAAAUGUUUUAUAUGUUUUGAAGAAAUAAUGAAUGAUAAGUAUCAAACUCUGUGUUGUAAAAAACCAGUGCAUUUUAAAUGUAUAGACCAAUGGUUUGAUAUUUCUAAAAAAUGUCAUUUGUGCCGCGGCAUUCCACUCAAAGUUUGUUCAAUAUGUCAAGUAAAUUCGCUGGAUGAUUUUUUUAAAUCUAAAUGUUGUGGGAAAAAAUUUCAUUAUAAAUGUUUAGAGAAAUGCUUUGAUAAAUCCAAAACAUGUCCUCAGUGCAUCCAUAUUUUCGAAAAAUGUGCAUAUUGCGGUGAAUAUUUUAAAGACGACAACUAUUAUUUUUUAAGAUGUUGCCAAUUUAAUGUACAUUUUAAAUGUUUAAGAGAAUGGAUAAAAUCUAAUGAUGUUGAGUGUCUAGUGUGUUAUGGUAGAUUAAUAUUAGAAGAUUCGUUUUGUUACUCGGUGCAAGACUGACUCUUAUGAUAUAACGAAACAUUUUGAGCAUAUGUGUUGUAGAAAUAAAUAUCAUUACAAUUGUUAACUGAUUGGUCAAAACAGUUUAGAAUAAGUCGCAAAUUUCUAUUCAAUCGUUUCUUUUCUAUUGUAAAUAAAUUAACACAUGGAAAUUAAAGUAUUUAUAAUUCAAAC